AUGCUACCUUAUUUUUUCCCCUCCUCAGUUCUUCCCUCCCCUGUCACCCUUUUUUUUUUUUUUCGGGUAUGUUUUCUUUACAGGUCACGAUCUUGGUCGAUUUAG